AUGGAGCGGUGCAGCCGCUGUCAUCGCCUCCUCCUGCUGGUACCGCUGGUGCUGGGGCUGAGCGCCGUCCCUGCCUGGGCAGGUGCACCCCCUGUGGAUGUGCUCCGGGCCCUGAGGUUCCCCUCCCUUCCUGAUGGUGUCCGGAGGGCGAGAGGCAUCUGUCCAGCUGAUGUGGCCUACCGAGUGUCCCGACCUGCCCAGCUCAGUGCACCCACCCGCCAGCUCUUCCCAGGAGGUUUUCCCAAAGAUUUCUCAUUGCUGACUGCUGUCCGGACCCGCCCUGGCCUCCAGGCUCCCCUCCUGACUCUCUAUAGUGCCCAGGGUGUCCGACAGCUGGGCCUGGAGCUUGGCCGACCCUUCCGCUUCCUGUAUGAGGACCAGACUGGAAGGCCUCGACCCCCCGCUCAGCCAGUCUUCCGAGGCCUCAGCCUAGCAGAUGGCAAGUGGCACCGUGUGGCAGUGGCUGUGAAGGGCCAGUCUGUCACCCUCAUAGUUGACUGCAAGAAGCGAGUCACCCGGCCUCUCCCCCGAAGUGCUCGUCCGCUGUUGGACACCCAUGGAGUGAUUAUCUUUGGUGCCCGUAUCCUGGAUGAAGAAGUGUUUGAGGGUGACAUCCAGGAGCUUGUCAUUGUCCCAGGGGUGCAAGCUGCCUACGAAUCCUGUGAACAGAAGGAGCUGGAGUGUGAGGGAGCUUGGAGGGAGAGACCUCAGAAACAACACUCUCACAGGGCCCAGAGAUCUCCAAAGCAGCAGCCACCAAGACUUCAUAGGCCACAAAACCAGGAACCCCAGCGACAGCCCACUGAGUCUUUCUUCUAUGACUACGAGACCCCCUAUUAUGAUGAGAUGACUACAGGGACGACCCCUGAUUAUCAGGAUCCCACCCCAGGUGGAGAGGAAGGAACCCUGGAACCAAGCCCUUUGCCACCCCAUGAGGAGGAGCAGACAGAUCUCCAGGUCCCCUCCACAGCCGACAGGUUCCUGACAGAGGACUAUGGGGAGGGUGGCACAGACCCCCCAGCAGGGCCCUACGAUUACACAUAUGGCUAUGGGGACGAUUAUCGUGAGGAGACGGAGCUUGGCCCUGCCCUGUCUGCGGAGACAGCCCACUCGGGAGCCGCUGCCCGUGGACCCCGGGGGCUGAAGGGAGAGAAGGGGGAACCUGCGGUGCUGGAACCUGGUAUGCUGGUGGAGGGGCCUCCUGGCCCAGAAGGCCCUGCGGGGUUGAUUGGUCCCCCUGGCAUCCAGGGCAACCCAGGCCCAGUUGGAGACCCUGGCGAGAGGGGCCCCCCUGGCCGAGCAGGGCUCCCUGGAUCAGAUGGGGCCCCUGGACCUCCUGGCACAUCGCUCAUGCUCCCAUUCCGGUUUGGCAGUGGUGGGGGUGACAAGGGCCCUGUGGUAGCAGCCCAGGAGGCUCAGGCCCAGGCGAUUCUGCAGCAAGCACGGCUGGCGCUCCGAGGACCCCCUGGCCCCAUGGGAUACACAGGCCGCCCUGGACCCUUGGGACAGCCUGGGAGCCCUGGCCUGAAAGGAGAAUCUGGAGACCUAGGACCUCAGGGCCCCAGAGGACCUCAAGGCCUCACAGGCCCUCCUGGCAAGGCUGGGCGAAGGGGCCGAGCAGGUGCUGAUGGAGCUCGAGGGAUGCCUGGAGAACCAGGAGUGAAGGGUGACCGAGGUUUUGAUGGACUCCCAGGGCUACCUGGGGAGAAGGGACAUAGGGGUGAUACUGGUGCCCAGGGCCUUCCUGGCCCCCCUGGUGAGGAUGGAGAGCGGGGAGACGAUGGGGAGAUUGGGCCUCGGGGACUGCCUGGAGAAUCAGGACCUCGAGGUCUCCUUGGCCCCAAAGGCCCACCUGGUAUUCCUGGACCCCCGGGAGUCCGAGGCAUGGAUGGUCCCCAUGGUCCCAAAGGGAGCUUGGGACCCCAGGGAGAGCCAGGACCUCCUGGACAACAGGGCACUCCUGGAACCCAGGGUCUCCCUGGGCCCCAGGGUGCCAUUGGCCCUCAUGGAGAGAAGGGUCCCCGAGGGAAACCAGGGCUCCCUGGCAUGCCUGGCUCAGAUGGACCUCCGGGUCACCCGGGGAAGGAAGGUCCCCCUGGAACCAAAGGAAACCAGGGUCCAUCUGGACCUCAGGGUCCUCUAGGAUAUCCGGGACCUCGAGGUGUCAAGGGUGUGGAUGGAAUUCGUGGUCUGAAGGGCCAUAAGGGUGAAAAGGGCGAGGAUGGCUUUCCCGGGUUCAAAGGGGACAUGGGUGUGAAAGGUGACAGGGGAGAGGUUGGAGUUCCUGGUUCCAGGGGAGAAGAUGGUCCUGAGGGACCAAAGGGACGUACUGGACCCACUGGAGACCCUGGCCCCCCUGGGCUCAUGGGCGAGAAGGGCAAGCUGGGUGUUCCUGGUCUGCCUGGCUACCCUGGACGCCAGGGUCCCAAGGGCUCCCUGGGAUUUCCUGGUUUUCCUGGCGCCAGUGGAGAGAAGGGAGCCCGGGGCCUGUCAGGGAAAUCAGGGCCUCGGGGAGAGCGGGGCCCCACGGGUCCACGGGGUCAGCGGGGACCCCGAGGUGCCACGGGGAAGUCUGGAGCUAAGGGAACAUCAGGUGGUGAUGGCCCCCAUGGGCCCCCUGGAGAAAGGGGUCUCCCUGGACCUCAAGGCCCCAAUGGAUUUCCUGGCCCCAAAGGACCUCCGGGUCCCCCUGGGAAGGACGGGCUGCCAGGACACCCAGGCCAGAGAGGAGAAGUGGGUUUCCAAGGGAAGACUGGCCCCCCUGGCCCUCCAGGGGUGGUGGGACCUCAGGGAGCAGCAGGAGAAACUGGGCCCAUGGGGGAGAGAGGUCACCCAGGACCCCCGGGGCCCCCUGGAGAGCAGGGACUGACUGGAACAUCUGGAAAAGAAGGAACAAAGGGUGACCCUGGUCCCCCAGGGGCCCCAGGGAAGGAUGGACCUGCUGGUCUGAGGGGGUUCCCAGGAGAGAGAGGCCUCCCGGGCAUUGCCGGUGGACCCGGUUUGAAGGGAAACGAAGGUCCGGCUGGUCCUCCUGGCCCUGCAGGCUCCCCUGGGGAGCGAGGUGCAGCAGGAUCAGGCGGACCCAUUGGCCCCCCAGGGCGCCCUGGCCCACAGGGUCCCCCUGGAGCUGCAGGAGAGAAAGGUGUCCCGGGUGAGAAGGGCCCCAUUGGUCCAACUGGCCGAGAUGGGGUGCAGGGCCCUGUGGGGCUUCCUGGUCCCGCUGGACCCCCAGGCGUGGCAGGAGAGGAUGGAGACAAGGGUGAGGUGGGAGACCCUGGGCAGAAGGGCACUAAAGGGAAUAAGGGUGAACAUGGCCCUCCUGGACCCCCUGGGCCCAUUGGUCCCGUGGGGCAACCUGGAGCAGCGGGAGCAGAUGGGGAGCCCGGAGCUCGGGGGCCCCAGGGACACUUUGGAGCCAAAGGCGAUGAAGGAACAAGAGGCUUCAAUGGGCCCCCGGGACCCAUUGGCCUACAGGGUUUGCCAGGCCCCUCGGGGGAGAAAGGAGAAACAGGAGAUGUGGGCCCUAUGGGACCUCCGGGCCCCCCAGGACCUCGAGGCCCAGCUGGACCCAAUGGAGCUGAUGGUCCGCAAGGUCCCCCGGGAGGUGUUGGGAACCUGGGUCCCCCUGGAGAGAAGGGGGAGCCAGGAGAAUCAGGAUCUCCAGGGGUCCAGGGCGAGCCAGGUGUCAAGGGCCCACGUGGGGAGCGUGGGGAGAAAGGAGAAUCAGGGCAGCCAGGAGAGGCCGGACCACCAGGGCCUAAAGGCCCCACCGGUGAUGAUGGCCCCAAAGGGAACCCUGGUCCUGUUGGUUUUCCUGGUGAUCCUGGCCCUCCUGGAGAAGGUGGCCCUCGGGGCCAGGAUGGUGCAAAGGGUGACCGAGGAGAGGAUGGCGAGCCAGGACAGCCCGGAUCCCCUGGUCCCACUGGGGAGAAUGGACCCCCUGGACCACUUGGGAAGCGGGGUCCCGCUGGCACACCUGGUCCUGAGGGGCGGCAAGGAGAGAAGGGGGCCAAGGGGGAUCCUGGCGCUGUAGGUGCCCCGGGGAAGACAGGCCCCGUGGGCCCUGCAGGCCCAGCAGGGAAACCUGGUCCUGAUGGGUUAAGAGGUCUCCCAGGCUCAGUGGGUCAGCAAGGCCGUCCUGGGGCCCCAGGCCAGGCUGGGCCUCCAGGUCCUGUGGGACCUCCGGGGCUUCCUGGCCUCCGGGGUGAUGUCGGAGCCAAGGGAGAGAAGGGUCACCCAGGUCUCAUCGGACUGAUCGGGCCCCCUGGGGAGCAGGGAGAGAAGGGUGAUCGGGGACUUCCUGGCCCCCAGGGCUCCGCUGGACAGAAGGGAGAGACGGGUAUUCCAGGAGCGUCUGGGCCUAUUGGUCCUGGAGGGCCCCCUGGCCUCCCCGGACCUGCUGGCCCCAAAGGAGCCAAAGGAGCCACAGGCCCAGCUGGACCCAAGGGAGAGAAGGGCGUCCAGGGUCCUCCGGGACACCCGGGCCCCCCGGGUGAGGUGAUCCAGCCCCUGCCCAUCCAGAUGCCCAAAAAGACUCGGCGCUCCGUGGACGGAAGCCGCCUGAUGCAAGAGGAUGAGGCCAUACCGGCUGGGGGGGCUCCGGGCAGCGCUGGGGGGCUGGAGGAGAUCUUUGGCUCACUGGACUCCCUGCGGGAGGAGAUUGAGCAGAUGAGGCGGCCGACAGGGACCCAGGACAGCCCCGCUCGCACCUGCCAGGACCUGAAGCUCUGCCACCCGGAGCUGCCUGAUGGAGAGUACUGGGUCGACCCCAACCAGGGCUGUGCUCGGGAUGCCUUCCGGGUUUUCUGCAACUUUACAGCAGGAGGGGAAACAUGUGUGACGCCCCGGGAUGAUGUCACACAAUUCUCUUACGUGGACUCAGAAGGCUCCCCGGUAGGUGUGGUCCAGCUCACCUUCCUGCGGCUGCUCAGCGUCUCAGCCCACCAGGAUGUCUCCUACCCGUGCUCUGGGAUGGCCCGAGAUGGUCCCCUGAAGCUCCGGGGGGCCAACGAGGAUGAGCUGAGCCUGGAGACCAGCCCCUACGUCAAGGAAUUCAGAGACGGCUGUCAGACACAGCAAGGCCGCACGGUGCUGGAGGUGCGAACACCUGUGCUGGAGCAGCUACCAGUGCUGGACGCCUCCUUCUCAGACCUGGGGGCCCCCCCGAAACGGGGAGGGGUGCUGCUGGGGCCUGUCUGCUUCAUGGGCUAG